CAGUCAGUUCAGAGGGGUUAAUCUCUCUCUCUCUCUCUCUCUCUCUCUCUCUCUCUCUCUCUCUCUCUCUCUCUCUCUCUCUCUCUCUCUCUCUCUCUCUCCCUCGAUCUCUCCCUCCCUCUGUUGCCUUUUGUUGCGGCCCCUCACUUUCUCAACACUUGGACAGAGGGAACUGAUACUGUGCCUGCGUGUGUGUGUGUGUGUGUGUGUGUGUGUGUAGUUUAGGUGUCCUCACCACUCUCAAUUUCUUUGGACUGAACUGUACGCGAACAUGACUGACGGGACUUUCUAACACACUCCUCAUGCUGAAUGUUCACACUACAGAAUGAUGGAAUCAGCACCUCUGGUGACACCAUAAAGACAGAAAGACAGGACAACAUAUUUCGUACUGUGGCAGAGUGUGUGUUUGUGUGUGUAUAGAUGGAUUUCUCAGUGACGCCCUUCUGAGAUGCACACACAGACGGUGCAGAAAACAGGCAACAGUACUGCGGAGAGCAAAGAUUUCUCGGUGGCAUUGCCGGUGUCGUGCACGGCCUUGUUUCCCAUGGACCUCAGGGUAGGGGAGCGGGGGAUGCGCCCUGGUUCAGACACGGCGCUCCUUACCCCAUUGCACCCGCCUUUACUCCUCACUCCGUUCUCUCCUCAGCCCCGCACCUCUUUCUCCCAACAGCAACUGCACCAGCACAUCCGGUUUAAUAUGGAGCAGAGGAGGCGGGAACAGGAGCACCACGAGAAACAACAGGAGUUGCAGCAGCUAAAGCACAAGGACAAGAGUCAACAGAGUGCAGUGGCCAGUUCCCUGGUGAAACAGAAACUUCAGGAGGUGAUUCUUAAGAAGCAGAAACAGGCGGCGCUGGAAAGAACAAACUCCAACACUGUAGCUCCUGUAGCAUACAGAAAGCUGGGCCCAGACCCCAGUGUAUCCUCCCAGCCUAUGGCCUCGUCUCCAGCACAGCCGUCUUCUGAUGGUUCACAAGGGACGCCUCUACGCAGAGCAGCGUCUGAGCCCAAUCUGAAGGUGAAACACAAGCUGAAGAAACACCUAAACACCCGCAAGAGCCCGCUCACCCGCAAAGAGAGUGCCCCAGCCACUGUCAGGCACAGAGUACCUGACACACUGGACUCAUCCCCCAGCAGCAGUAGCACUCCGGUUUCUGGCUGCAGUUCUCCUAAUGACAGUCUGCCCAAUGAGAAUGGUCUACUGCCAUCUGCAGGCGGCCUCUCGCAUGAGGCCCAGAGGCUGCUGCUCAGAGAUGGCACUCUAGCUAACUUCACCAUCCAGAGUCCCUCCACUCUGCCCACCAUCACACUGGGACUACCAGCCAACGCAAGGGCUGAAGGAGAGCUGUCCUCUCUGAGGAUCGGCCGGGUGCCAGUGGUUACAGCCGGGGGCUCGCAGGUCUUCCUCCCCCUGAGCAGAGAAGAUCAGGCUGGGCAGCUGAACCCUCAUCUGCCUGUUAUCAUCCUGGAGUCCUCUGGACUGGUACACACUCCGCUACUCACUGUUCCAGGCCUCGAUUCCGUCCCAUUACAGUUUGCCCCCCAGUUAGACCACCUGGCUCCUGGAGGCGCUCAUCCUCACAAGCCUCUGAGCAGAACACGCUCGGAGCCCCUCCCCCAGAGUUCGCGGACCCUUCACACACAUCUCCUCCAACAACAACACAGCACACAACUACUGGAGAGGCUCAAACAGCAAACUCACCUGGGCAAGCUGAUGUCUAAGUCCAGCGAGAAGCCCAGACUGCAUCAGAUCCCCUCUGAGGAUAUGGACUCAGAGGACGGUGACGGGACGUCGCCCACAGAGCCAACCUAUCAGAGCAGAGUGAGGGCGGAGUCACUGAGGGAGGCGGAGCCAACAGCAUCCAAGAGCCAGGAAGAGCAACUGAACCUGCAACAUGCACUCAUACUCAACCAGUCGUUGCUAUGGGAACAGCAGAAGCAGCUGCAGCAGCUGCAUCGGCAGAUGGAGACCCUGGCAGUGCCCAUGUUACGUGGUAGUAGCAGUGGCGGGGUCGGUAGUGGGUUGAGUGUCCAUCGCCCCCUGUCACGUACACAGUCAUCCCCAGCCUCCACCUCUCUCACUCUGCCUGAGAAACCCCUGAGCCUGGCCGCACAGGACCCCAGCAGCAAACCACGCUUCACCACUGGCCUGGUGUAUGAUUCCCAGAUGCUGAAGCACCAGUGCACAUGUGGAGACAACAGCAGUCACCCAGAGCAUGCUGGGAGGAUACAGAGCAUCUGGUCCAGACUACAGGAGAGAGGCCUGAGGGGACAGUGUGAGACUAUUCGUGGUCGUAAAGCCACUCUGGAGGAGCUGCAGUCGGUCCAUACCGAGCGCCAUGUGCUGCUCUACGGCACCAACCCGCUGAACAGACUCAAACUGGAUAACCGCAAACUGGCCGGAAUCCUCUCUCAAAGGAUGUUUGUGAUGUUACCAUGUGGUGGUGUAGGGGUUGAUAAUGACACCAUUUGGAAUGAGUCGCACACUUCAACUGCAUCACGCAUGGCAGCGGGCAGCGUUGUUGAGCUGGCCUUCAGAGUGGCCAAAGGAGAGCUAAAGAAUGGCUUUGCUGUGGUCAGACCGCCAGGGCAUCACGCAGACCCCUCCAACCCAAUGGGUUUCUGUUACUUCAACUCUGUGGCCAUAGCCGCCAAGCAGCUCCAACACAAGCUCAGCGUCAGCAAGAUCCUCAUCGUUGACUGGGAUGUUCACCAUGGUAACGGCACCCAGGAAGUGUUCUACAGCGACUCCAGCGUUCUCUACAUCUCACUGCAUCGCUAUGACGAUGGAAACUUCUUCCCUGGCAGUGGGUCGCCGGCUGAGGUUGGUUCAGGAGCAGGCAAGGGCUUCAAUGUGAAUGUUGCGUGGACAGGAGGACUGGACCCACCCAUGGGAGAUGCGGAGUACAUCGCUGCAUUCAGGUCUGUGGUGAUGCCCAUCGCCCAGGAGUUCUCUCCGGAUGUCGUUCUGGUGUCGGCUGGGUUUGAUGCUGCAGAGGGCAACCCCACUCCUCUGGGAGGUUACAAGGUCUCCGCCAAAUGUUUCAGCUUCCUGACCUCCCAGCUGAUGUCUCUAGCAGGGGGGCGUCUGGUUUUGUCCCUUGAGGGAGGUCAUGACCUCACAGCUAUCUGUGACGCAUCUGAAGCCUGUGUCAGUGCACUCCUGGACAUACAGGACCCACUGCCAGAAGAAGUCCUACUCCAGAAGCCCAACGCUAACGCAAUCCGCUCCCUGCAGACCGUCAUACAGAUACAAAGUCAGUACUGGCAGAGUGUGAAGGCUUACAGUGGAUCAGUGGGUCUGUCCUACCUGGCUGCUCAGAGAAGAGACUGUGAGGAAACAGAUGCUGUCAAUGCUUUGGCUUCGCUCUCUGUGGGAGUCCUUUCCAACAAGAGCCUUCCUGACGAGCCAAUGGAGCAUGACAGUGACUCCAUGUAGAAGGAUCUGACCAAUCACCUCUCACAACUUUCAGGAUUCGGGCCCUACCUGUAGCCUCGGAUCUCUUGCGCUGUCACACGACCAUAACGGGGGGGGGGGGGCGCGUUUAUAAUGCCACUGAGCCCCACCCAUCUGCCUUAUUCACACACAUGCACGUCCACCAACACACAAUGCUGGACCUCUAAAGACCUGCAGUAUGAGCACCUCAACGCUGGUAACCACCUCAGCUGAAGCCAGCAGCACUACCUGCAGCUGGGAAACCUUCUGAAACCUCACCAAAGACCAAUACAACAUGACUUAAAAAUAUAAAUAUAUAUAUACUUUUAAUGUAUCCUGACUGACAUUGGAUUUUGUGGUUGUUCAGAGGUCCAACGCAAUAGCUCUGUGACCACAACCGUUAUAGGAACAGACAGAAUUCAGAUGCCAGCUCUGAAUCCUCUUGAAGCACUAUGUACCAGCAGCCUUAACUUUGCCUUAACGUAAGGACCAACAGGAUUUAGAAGGAGGAGACUUUGGAUUAUAAAUUCCUUUCUCGUCUGCCACUUUGCAGAAUGACCAUCAGGUGAAAGUAUAUUCGCAUACACCUGAUGGAUGCAAAAAAUAUCAAGAAGAAGAAGUGGCCACAUCAUAAAGAAAGGAAUAUGGAAAAUACGACAUGGAGAUUGUCUGUUUUAAUGAUGUCAUUACAUGCAGUUUAACCACUAACAGAAGACAACAAAGAACUUGAGGGAAAGAGAGAAAAUGAAGACACAAAAUGGACAACUGUGGGUUUUUUAUAACAAAGAAAAGGCAAAUGCCCUUGUUGUUUUAUUGCACUGUUCAUUCCAUAAUGUGAACCAUAAGAAAUUCCAAAGCUCUGGGAUAAAAAAACAAAACAAA